UCCUUUUUCCCCAAACCUUCACUCCUCUCUCUUAUAAGUAAACUCUUGGUAACCGGCUCUAACAACAAGAGCCUAUAAGCAUCAUUUACAGCAACAACCCGAAACUCUCAGUUGGAUCGAUCAGCAAAAAUAUGAAAGGAGGUUUGCUUGUGGACGAUGAAUUUAUUCACGGAGAAGAGAAGAACCUGACUGUUCGGAAAACUUCUCUCUUUUUCGCCGGAGAUGGUUUCACGGUUUACGACUGCAAGGGCUCUUUGGUCUUUCGGGUGGACUCUUACGGUGGUCCCAACAACCGAGACACCGAUGAGCUUGUCCUCAUGGACGCUCAUGGUCGCUGUCUCCUUACUCUCCGACGAAAGAGGCCGAGUUUGCGACGGAGAUGGGAGGGGUAUGUCGGGGAGAGAACAGAGGGUCAGAAGCCAAUCUUCGGGGUGAGGAGAUCCUCGAUAAUCGGGAGGAACAGCGUGACGGUGGAGGUUUACGCGGAGUACGAGUGCAGCGAGUACCUGAUCGAAGGGAAUUUCGGGCAGAGGAGUUGCACGGUGGUGGAGGCGGAGACGAGGCGGAAGGUGGCGGAGAUACGGAGAAAAGUAGAUGCGUCAACGAACGUGAUGCUCGGGAAAGACGUAUUCUCGUUGAACGUGAAGGCCGGGUUUGAUGGAGCCUUCGCGAUGGGAUUGGUCCUUGUGCUUGAUCAGAUCUACGGUGACGAUUACGUUGAGGUUGGUGAAGAACAGGUGCACCCUUCCGCAGUAGAUCUUUGAUUUCUUCGUCCCUCCCUUCCCUUCCGUGUGGAAAAUAUUACUAAUAAUUGCGAGUUUUUGUCGGCUUGAAAGGAACGAUUUGGACAAAUAUUUUUCUCUUCUGUCCCUUUUGAUGUGAUUUGACUUGAAGUACUCAAAAUUACAGCUGUUUAUUUCAACAAUAAAAAUAAAGUAGUGUUAACUUUUAA